AAUCAUUUGGAUUGAAACAAUUUUUUCAAAUCUGUAAAAAGUUAAAUAAAUUAUUUAAUGCAUCUUUCAAUUCAUGAAUUAAAAAAUGAGAGCUCAUACUACUUCUCAUGAUAGGAUCCUCUUAAGAGUAUUACUCAACCACAUACGAAUAUGUAUAUGUUGAUCACUCCCUUACCACAUCAUUUAAUCAGAUCAUUUCUUCCCCUUGAAUUGCAUUACUCUUAGUAAAAUUCAAUUACUCUCUAAUUCCUUAUUCCUAUAAUGUCAAAUAAAGUGAAAGCUAGUUCUUAUGAUCUAUAAGUGUUUAUUUUUAUUAUUUUUAUUAUUAUUUUGAGUUCAAGGAUGUUAAAUGAUAUAGAUGACGCAAAAGAGGGAAAGCUGAACCCAUACCUAUACAGCUGUUACACUUUGGGCGACCUCUUUCUAUCAAUAGAUCGGCGGGACAUGGGAGCCUCAGCUCAUGCAAAAAGAGGGGUGAAAACAAAUUAGCUAAAAGAUACCUUGACCAUGGAAGAAUAGUGUCCAAGCAAGAAAACACCAUUAAUCACCAUAAAUUAACUUCCUCUAGUACUUAGACUAACCACCUAAAAAUGGAAGAAGUGAAGGUGCAUGGGUUUUGGGCUAGCCCUUUUAGCCACAGAGUAAUAUGGGCUCUGAAACUAAAAGGUGUGAAGUAUGAGUACAUAGAAGAAGACCUCCAAAACAAGAGUCAACUGCUUUUACAGUAUAACCCCAUUCACAAGAAGGUCCCUGUGCUUGUUCAUGGUGGUAAACCAGUUGUGGAGUCCCUUGUCAUUCUUGAAUACAUCGAAGAGACAUGGCCGGAGAACCCAUUGGUGCCAGAAGAUGCUUAUGAGAAAGCCAUGGCUCGAUUUUGGAUUAAAUUUGCAGAAGAGAAGGGUUGUACCUGCUUUAAUCCCUUCUUUUUAACUGGAGAGGCACAAGAGAAAACGAUCGAAGAAGCAAUGGAAGUGUUGAAGAUUGUUGAAGAUAGAGGCCUUGGAGAUAAGAAGUUCUUUGGAGGUGAAGCCAUAGGAUUAGUGGAUAUAACAUUUGGGUUGUUUGGUUACUGGUUAGAGUGCUUUGGAGAAGAAGUAGGGGUGAAAUUGCUGGAACCAAGCAUUUUGCCCCGAUUUUGUGCAUGGGUUCAAAAUUUUAAGGAAGUUGCAGUGAUCAAAGAAACUCUUCCUGAUCGCAAAAAAUAUAUGGCAUAUUGUAAAUGCUUGAGGGAGAAGCUUAUGACAAAUUCUGCAAAGUAGCACCUUGCUAGCUAGAAAAUCGGAGUGUUGUGAAGAAUUUAAUAAAGGAGAUCGAAUCACAAAAGCAGCUCUCAAGAAAAAGAACUGUGGGUGAAUUUUUGGUCCAUAUGAAUGCUAGAUUUGUUUGUUUAAUUACCUGUGUUUCAUUGUGUGAUGAUAUUUAGGUCUACGUAUUAAAAGUGAUAAAAUAAAUAAAUUGUGUUUUUAAGAGGUAAUAUAUCUAUUUACCCUAUAAAAAGUGUAUUCUAUU